GAGAACAUGACGACCAUUACUUCAUCCACUGGGGAAAAGAAAUCUGUAACUGUGAGAAGGACAGAGUCCUGUGAUGCUCUCAAGAUCACUGAGCUGAUCAGCCCAGCCACUGCAGCAGUGUUUGGCAGAGUGAAUGUGAUCCACCUGCUGGAAAAAGCUAAUCUGGCAGUUACUAUAAGCACAGCAACAAAUGAAGUCCUGGCCCACGCUGCGUUGGUGGACCAUCCCAUUGGUGACCUGGUGGAUCAGGCUUCAUGGGAGCAGCUACUUCAAACCCAUUUUAACACCACAAAGUUCACACCAUUAAACACAAUUUUCCUGCAUCUAUUUGUGGCCCAGCCCGGCUUUUCUAUUUCCAGUGCUAAAGAGAUUAUCAGGACUGUGUUCAAUGCCAUCACAGAGCUGGAAUACAUCUGCCUCGUCACCCCCUACAGCAGCAGCCUCGAGCCAGCUCUGUUGGACAUUUUUGAGCCCAUGCCCUGCGUUACAGAGGAAGUCCAGUGUGGUGCGUUUGUGUGCCACAGACACAACUACUGUCCAAGACUGCAUGUGCGCAGAGCCAGGGUAGAAGAUCUCAUUGACCUCACAUACUUAGAGCAGAUGAAGACUCUGAGCGAUUGCUGGCCUGUGCAGGACACCCUGGCUGAGAAGAUCGAGGUUGAGGGUGAGAUGAAUCAUGUGGCUGUGUUUGAGAACGAUGGCCUUGCUGUUGGCUUCAUCAUUGUCUCCGGUAAAUUUAACCUGCUGCUGCUGAAUGCGGAGUAUGAGCUUGGGCCCUUUGAUGGAUUGAAAAGGAAGAAAGCAGAGGAGCGGAGUGAGGAUUUGGACCAAUCUCAGCAUGCUGAGUCCACAGACGACAUCACUGAUCCUCAAAAAUCCAACACAGAGACUGAAGUCAAAGAGGCCGAGCCCAUUAGAGCUCAUACAACAGACAGCAGCGGAAACAGCGCAGCCUCAGAAGCAGAACAUAAUGCUUUCUUGAUCCAAAUACGAAUUGAUAAGAGGUUUGAAACGAGGGCCGUUGAUUGCUUGCCUUAUGUUUUUCAACUUUUCCCGGAGCGGGAUUUCUGCAUCAUAUUGGUGCAUACGCUGGAUCCAGAUUCCCCUCUACGCCAGACCUUCGUCAGAGCCAUGCCACGUGACUGCAGACACCGUGAUCUUUACAUCCUCCACCGCUCAGGCCUUCUCAAGACGCUAGAGGUGCGUGUUGCGGUUUCUGAAGAUAAAUCUGCGAUUCAGGGACUGGUUCCUCAGCAUGAAGCCCUGAUGGAGGAUCUGGAGCUAUUCUUCCACCGAGACCCAGACGUUCAGGCAUUUGUAGCACAGGUCGAAGGACAGAUAAUCGGUGUAUUGGUCAUUAAAAAUGAGCAGGACAUCGAGUACAUCCGAGCCAACUAUGACAUUGAGAACUUUGUGUACUUCAGUCAUCACCAGCGUGAAGAACACGGCCGGCUGUGCCAGUUUGCCCUGAAUCCCAUCUUCCAUCAUUAUGCCAAGCACUUCCUCAAGGAGGCACUGCGUCUCGCUCACAAAUCUUGCCUGUACUACCGUGUCUACCCAUCUUACCACAAUGACAGGAGUGUCAGUGCCCACUCCCUGACAGCAGUGCUGAGCUGUACGGUGCCAGUGCAUCCACGACGCCAGAUCAUCUACCCACUGGAGGAUUUGGGCAUCAAUGCACCAUCCACUCUCAUCACCAUGGAGCAGGUCCCCUACGCACUGAAUCACAUUAACCGGAAGCUCACGAUGGAGUCCAAAGUUAACAUCAAUGCCAAGAUUGUGGUGGUAGGUGCUUCGGAUACCAGCUUGGCCUUUCUGGAAGCUCUAGCAUUCAGCCCGCACCUACAGUUCAACAACCUGACUCUCAUCUCUACUCAUGGCUUACCUGAACACCUCAGCACUGACAACAUGAGCUUUUUAGCCACAAGUCAUUGCUACAGCGAGUGGGAUCACGCUCAGCUCUCGCUGCGCUCGUGGGUCAAUGUGGUGAAGGGAAAGAUGACAGGCAUAGACAGGAGAAUGACAUGUGUACAAGUCGACGGAGAUCACCACAUUCCCUACGAUCAUCUCAUCCUCUGCACUGGACAGCAAUAUCAGAUGCUUUGCCCUACUGGAAUAGACAUCAGUACAUGGUCCUCGACCAGCUCAGUGCCAAAGCAGCGCCUCCGAAGAUACACCGGUCACAUCCCCUCCAACCUCUUCACUCUGAAUGACCAGCAGGACUGCACUCAGGCCUACCACUGGCUUAUGGAGAAUUUUGUCCAGCAAGAAGGUAAUGCUGUGGUAUACGGAGACACCAUAGAUGUCUACACCUGUGUGGAAACACUGCUCCGAUUAGGUGUAACAGGCUCCCGAAUCCAUGUGGUCCACCAGAAUGCAGCUGGAUCCUCAUCCUGUUUCCAGAGCCUCAACAUGGACCAGGCAGUGAGGAUGGCUCUGGAGAAUCAGGAUGUUCAUGUCCAUCACAACUGCUUGCUGGCUCAGAUGAAUGAUGGACAGCAUCCUGAGCCACUCACAUCUGUCUCAUUUACCACAUAUGGCCCGCCCCUCAGAUUGGAGUGUGCAGUCUUCUUUAACUUCUCCUGUAAAGGUGUGGACUAUGACUCCUUCAAGGCCAUAAAUAGCUCCUAUCUGUUGUUCGAUGGGCGCCUGGUUAUCGACUCCACCUACCACACAAACGACUGCAAAAUCCAUGCUGCCGGACCUUUAACAAAGUUAUCUCGCUGCUUCUACGCUGAUCAGUGGUCCCACUCUUACUUUAACUCCAGGGAAGUGGGUCAGGAGCUAGCGGCCAUGUUGCUGCAUUUAUUUGACCCGACACUGGAGCCGCCAGCCAAACCUGCACCAGAUGCUGAUCGUCUCCUACCCAUCUACACGCAGCCUAAGAUAACAGGUGGAAAGCUACCAGGUGGAUACCAUUAUCUCCAUGUCACAAAACCCUCAGGCUACACCGACAUAUCUCCAUCAGUUAGCAGCGCAAAGGGCCGCUGCAUUGUGACAGGCAGUGUGGAGACAGGAAACUACUUCCAGCUGAGGUUCAGUCAGCAUAGUAUGGUGGAAAGCAUCACCUGUUUGUCCUUUAACCCACUUCCUGUCUCGAACUAUCUCUGUCUGUACGGCAAACACCAGCUGCUGCUCAACCGGCUGUAUACACGCUUCGACGAAGAUCUGAUCCACGACCUCUACAGCUAUUUCAGAGAGAGCUGGUGCAUGGCUAUAUUUCAUGAUCGCUUUGCUGAUUUCCAACAGGAAGUUCACCAGAUCAUGACAGCCGAGCUUGACACUGACUCAGUGUCCGCCCCAAAAUUCUUGGAGAUGGUCACAGAUGGCACACUGGAGAUGUCUGAAGAUCAGAGUGGACAAAGGGAAGCGCUGGCCAAAGUGAAGGAAAGCGUCCUACAGUACCUACAGUUCAAUCAGUACCAUCUACCCAUGUAUGCACAGCCUGGACCACUAUAACUUAUUAUAAUAAGUUCAUGUUUAAUUGAGGAUUAGAAUAAACUGAUAAGCACAGCUUAGAAUGAAGCUGUUUUCAUUAAUAUAUUGCGAAUAUAUUGUUAAAUUAAAAUUUAAUCUAAUUUGAAAAUUAAAAAGAUUCCUGCUGUUGAUUUAUCACUCAUGGAUCUAACACUUGGUAGAAAAUUACUAAUGUAAAUAGUGACAUAAUUACUUAAUAUAGGCUAAUUAAUGAUGGAAAGGCAAAACUAAUUCCUAAUCAAAUGCAUCUCUUUAGCUUUUAUUUGCCGAGACGUUAAUUACAGUGGAAUUAUUUAAGGUAGGGCUGGAAAGCGCAGUGUGACUCCUCCACAUGACCACAAAAGGCCAGGGUGGAUUUGCAGAGCUUUAGAGAGUCACUGCCAGCUGUAUGGUAAUGUGACGCAAAGCUCCAGUGCGUUCAACUCGCGCGUGUACGUGUGUACACAUGCACGCACACAUACGCACACAUGCACACGCACACACACACACACACGUCUGUAUCCAUGUGAUCCAUCAUUUCACAGAUAACAGCAAACAUGGUUUUUCUGACAUCACCAGUAAGACACUUUUCACAGACACUUCACUAAAUUACAGAACAUGCUUUUAAAUGUCAGGUAGUUCAGUUAGCAUCACCUCCUAUAUUAACCUCAUCAUCUGAAACACAAACAGCAAACAGCAUCACAGCAAAUACUGUACUGUAUCAAGGAUAAAGAAAAAAAUCAUACACAGUAUGUAAGGUUUCUACAAAAGUGUGUCCUGGUGCAUUGAGACAAACAUGGAUUUUUAUUUCUACUAAUAAAUUUCCAUAUACUAUAAUGUUUCGAUAUUAAACUAUUCAUAUUUAAACUGACUGCAUGUUUUACACAAGAAAGAAAGAAAGAAAGAAAGAAAGGAUGAGAA